AUGGGUAACCACAUGUGGAGCAUCGUAGUGAUGCUGCUGGUGCUGGAGCAACUAGUGGCCGAAUCUGUGGCAGCCAAUCUCGUCCAGCUGGUGAAGAAGCAGAGCCAGCAGAAGCAGGUGCAAUCCUCGCAGCAAGGACAGCAGGCAGGACAACAACAGCCGCAAGGACAGCAGAUCCACACGCAGCAGUAUGUCCAGGACUCAUUGGGCGAGCAACAGGAUCUGAAAUCGGAGGAUGAGGAAGAGCAAGAUCCCUACCAGCUGCUGCAGGAGUCGAAACAGGAGUCGCGUUUGCCCAACUCUGCCAACUAUCCCUGGAGUCCGUAUGCCGCACCGCAGGGCAAUCCCUACGAGGCCAUGCCCAAGAUGCUGCCCUUCAUUGGCUAUGCCCAGCCAGUGCUCAUCCCCUUUCCGCUCUACCUGGCUCCGGACAUGUUCUAUCCCACCUUUUCUGGUGCCAGCAACGAUCUCGAGGAUGUGGUGAUGUCCAGAGCCGCCGGCGGUCGACGUCCUAGUGCCAAUCACGCGUCACCAGCCCGCAAUUCACCCAUCUACUACGUAAGACUGCCACCCACACCCUAUAUGUUUUUGCCCAAUAUGCCAACGGCUCCAUUUGGCGGAGGAUUCUCACCACUGCUGACCUACCAGCCCAUGCCCUCAUUCUCCGCCUACGGUUCCGUGUUCAACUUGCCCGUGAACUUCCUGGCGAACGGAAAGCCCACAGGAGUCUACCAAGUGAAUGGGUCCCCGGGCGAGGCAAUGGGUUCCUUGACACCUGGCAUGGGUGGAGGUGGAUAUGGAAUGCGACCACCAACGCCUAGUAAUCCCUACAGACCCAUGUCGUCGCCUUCGAUGGGUGGUUACGGGGGCUCGCAGCAGAGCUUUGGACUCGCCUCCAUGCCGGUUCCUCAGCAGGACUCCAAGCUGACAUCCCUGAAGCGGCCCUUCGUGUUCAACGGUCGUCCCGAGGACAUCUACAUCCUGCCGAACAACUUGAGUCCGCUCUACAACGAGCAGAGCUACUACUGA